AUGUGCCUGGACCACCACCAACAGGACGACAAUGCGCGAGUUGCGACUUUGCAGCAAGACACCGGUCGCCCAAGGAUCCGCGUCCGCAAGGCUUGUGGGACGUGCAAGCGACGCAAGGUUAAGUGUAACGGUCAACAGCCAUGUGCAGGCUGCGCGAAGCACGGUUCCGUGUGCCAUUAUAAAGUUGAGCCCGUGACGCGGCCGGCAAGCGCCGCCCUUAAGGCCGGCGCGCCGGGCCCGGCAGGCACCUUGCCCGCGCUCAGCCAGGUUCCUGCGCCGUCAGACUUCGCUACCGGGCCGGCGCCGGCUUCGCCGUGGCAGCGCUUCUCGCCGGGUAAGUACCGGUUCCACCGUCGCCACCAAAACCUCGUACCUUAUUACCUGGGGCAGGCGCUGAUCUCAUCGCUGCCGCCCGCGCUCGUGCAGAAGUAUGCACUGCGCGCUCCGCGCCUGCAGUUCUACGGCUGGAAUAUGUCCGGGGGCCACUACCUGAAACAGGGGUCGACGUUCGGUGCGCCGCAAGGCACUGUAUGGCGCUGGGACCUCGCAGUCGAGCUGCAGCGGCAGAUCCUCGAGAAGUGCGCGAGCUUUUUCUUCCAGCACGUCAACCGGUUCGUGUCGAUCGUGCACGAGCAGGCGUUCUGGCAGCAGUUCCGCGGCGGGUUUCUGGACGGCAGCGACGGGAAAAACGGGUCUAGCGACCUGUUCGAGGCUAUUCUGAACCUGAUCGCGGCGAUCGCGCUGCGGUUCAGCUACAGCGGCGCCGGCGCCAGCGUCUGCGAGGCGCUGACUGCGGCGGAGGUCACGUGGUUGGACUUGCACCUCACGCGCCACGGCCGCCACCUGGAGGAGACGCUCUUCGAGCGCGCGUACGCGGUGACCACGCGGCUGUCCUUCGAGUGGGAGUCCUUCGAGCUGAUCCAGGCGUGGCUGCUCGCCGCCGUGUACCUGCGCACGUGCCACCGGCAGGUCUCGUGCUGGCAGGCGCUGAGCCGCGCGGUGCAGAUGUGCAACGGCAUGUCGCUGUACCUGAACCGGUUUCCCGAGAAGCACACCGCAUAUGACGAGUGCCGGGCCAGAAACUGCUACUGGGCGUGCUUCGUGCUCGACCGACUCAUCAGCUUCCAGAUGGGCCGCUUCCCGGAGCUGGCGGGCCCGGGCCCGGACAUGGGAUCACCAGACACGGCAGUGGACACGUGGUUCAGCGCCGAGUCUGUCGCGCUGUACAAGCUGGCGGCCAUCGUGACCACGUGCCAGCGGCGCUACGGCCAGGAGCUCACUGCCGCCGAGACGCAGGAGCUCGGAGCGCGCCUGGACGAGUGGCAUGGCGAUUGCGAGGAAGUGCUGGCGGACCCGGGCCUGUGCGCGCGCCAGGUGCUGCUUACGUACCUGGACGUCAGAAUCGCGCUGGAAAUCCGCGGCUUGUUCCAGCUCCUCGACGUCGGCAGCGACACCGUCCGGCACGCUCUUCCGCUGGACGCCGUCACGCUCGUCGACCUCGCGUCGCGCGUGCUGGACCAGUUCGAGGCGAUUGUGGAGUCGGGCCUCUUUUUCCGGCCCUGGUGGCUCAACCUGUCGCUCCUGUUCACGUGCAGCGUCAUAUGCCUCACGCUGGUGCAAGGCGGCCUCCAGCUGGCCCGCGCCCAGGCCCUGCUCUCCAGGAGCUUCCACAUCUGGCACUUCAUCGAGGGUGCGAGGCCGCCCAACCCGCCGGGCAUGGCCCGCGAGUGCCUCUGGUGUCUCAAAAUGCUUAACCACAUGUUCUGCCAGCGCUUGACCACUUCCGCCGAGCAGCUGGAAUCCAUUAUAGGCGUGGAUCCAGGCGACGACUCUGUCAACCAAAACAAGUUCCGCCAAUUCGGCAAGGUCGACAUGAAUCGCGCGAACGACGACGGCGCGGCCCUCCUCCAGUCCGGGAGUGACACGAUUUCUCCGGCCGACGACAGCAACAACCUUGUCGCCCAUCUGCAAUGGUUCGACCAGUGGCUGGACGUUGAUAACCUUCAAACCAUGUUUUGA